UGAGUGGGUGAGAGCAGUUCAAGUUUUGACCGGGCAAGCACUAAGACCACGCGGAAUCCGCCAGAAAGUGGUUGUCAAUUUAACCAAAACACAGCAAACAGUUGGAGGAAGGGGAAGUCUAAUGAACGCGACAUACCAAUAGACCGUCAGAAUGAGUCCGAAGCGCUUCCUGGAGGGGCAGGUGUACUCCGUGCCUCUGAUCCAGCCGGACCUGCGGCGGGAGGAGGCCAUUCACCAGAUAGCCGACGCCCUCCAGUACCUGGAGACAAUCUCCUGUGACAUCUUUGCCAGGGUGUCCCGUAGUGUUGAGAAGAAUCGCACCCAUCUCCAGACUGUGACAGACCGCAUCAAGCUGGCACAGGCCCGCAUUGACAAAAUCAAGGGUAGCAAGAAGGCUACCAAGGUGUUUUCCAGUGCCAAGUUCCCGGCUCCUGAUAGGCUGCAGGAUUACUCCUCCAUUUUCUCCGGCGCUGCAGACCCCAGCUCUCAGAAGCGCCCUCGCUACAAGGUGCAGGGGAAACACAGGCCUCUGGAUGAGCAGGCGUUGCAGGAGAAGCUGAUGUACUUCCCUGUGUGUGCGAACGCUAAGAGGCGCUCGGAGGAUGAGACGGAGGAAGGAUUGGGAGGCCUGCCCAGGAACAUCAGCUCGGUCAGCUCCCUGCUUCUCUUCAACACCACAGAGAACCUCUAUAAGAAGUAUGUGUUCCUGGACCCGCUGGCAGGGGCUGUGACAAAGACACAGAACACCCUGGAGACGGAGAAGGAGAAGCCAUUCGACGCGCCGCUGUCCAUGACGAAGAGAGAGCAGCUGGAGAGACAGACUGCAGAGAAUUACUUCUACGUGCCAGACCUGGGCCAGGUGCCAGAGAUUGAUGUGCCCUCCUACCUCCCCGACCUGCCUGGCAUCGCGGACGAUCUAAGCUACAGCGCUGACCUGGGGCCUGGCAUUGCGCCCUCCGGAGCUGCCAGCAGCAUCCCAGAGCUGCCCUCCUUCGGGGCCGAGGCAGGGGAGCUCAGCGGCCCAGAUGUUCAGUUCAGGGAAGCAGCCCCACCCCCUCCUCCUCCCCCACCUCCUCCUCCUCCUCCCCCUCCUCCUGAAGCCCCCCUCCCUAACGCAGGGACCCCCCUGGGAGUCCCCCCAGCCCCUCCUCCGCCUCCCCCUAUCCCCAGCACCCAGCCCUCCACACCAGCUCUGGUGAGGGGUACACCCUUGGAGGUGGUCAAGCCCUCGGACGGCAGGGCCAGCCUCCUGGAGUCGAUACGAGAGGCUGGCGGGAUCGGCAAGGCAAAGCUGCGCGAUGUCAAAGAGAGGAAGAAGGAGAAGAAGAAGCAGAAGGAGCAGGAGCAAGUGACAUCCACAGUGAGCAGCGGGAACAUGAUGUCUGAUCUCUUCAAUAAGCUGGCCUUGAGGAGGAAAGGGAUCUCUGGGAAGGGUCCGGUGGUGGGGGAGGGAGGGGGAGACGCCCCGGCCAGUUCCGGCAGUGCCUUCGCCAGGAUGUCCGACGCCAUUCCGCCCCUCCCCGCUCCACAGCAGCCAAACACAGGGGAGGAGGACGAGGGGGACUGGGAGGCAUAGCCACAGCGGCAAGGACUGCACAUUCCCACAGACCAGCCUGCUACCAGCAGGGCAGCAGAACUGGGGAGGGAGGACCAGCAGUACACAAACAAUAACCGCGAUAAGUGCUCAAGCCAUGAGCAAACUGACAACACAGCUCAGUACAGAGGUCUGUCUUGAAAUAAAAGACCGAUUCCCCCUAAACAGAAGCCUCCCAGGGCGUUUUUUUAAACAUUCCCAUUAAAUAAUCUAAACUCUUGAUCACUUCUGUCUAGUGACAAACCUCAACAAUACUAACCGCCCUCAUCUGUUGUGCUCAGAAAGUGAAUGACCCUUUUAUUACAGCUGUAUUCAUUAUUUCCAGUAUCUAUUUUGUAAUGUUUCACUACACAGUGUCUGUUCUGUAUCAAUAAAGAGCCAUGUGGAUUUCGUUUUGUGGUUCUCAUACUGGAAAAAAGAGCUGCGGUAACUUUAUUUUCAGCAGCACAGAAACAUUGACCCUCUCUAACCCGUUGUAAUCAGUGAGCAUGUGCUGCACUCAAACUGGAAUAUUAGUUUUUGUGUGUGUAGUUUUUGUCUAAUACUCACGUCUUAAUGAAUUUCCAGGCCAUGUUCUGCAAACCUGUGAGCUCGACAUGGCACAGUAUGGUCUGCAAAAAUUAUGUACAUAAAUAAAAAAAUAAAAAAACACAAGCC